AAUUUUAACGUUUUCCUAAAUGGUUUGCUAUAUUUUCUUGCUGGGAUAUAACAGAGGUGCACCGAGCUGGGGUGUAAUAAAACCACACUCUCUUGAAAGAAGCGAAGCCAACCACCGCCUACUUCGUGAGUACGGCCUGGUCCUCGUCAACGAAGGCGACACCUGCGGGCCUCGACGGAGGAGCUGACGGAAGCACGACAGGGGCCUCAGGCCGACUGUGAGGAGCCCGUGGCGGUCCGGGCGCUGCGCCAUGGCGGCGUUGACAGAACCAAGGGAAGUAUGUGAAGCAAAAUCGUCCUGAUGCAAUUCUUCCAGUUACAAAGCUUAAAAACUAUGGAGAAGUCACGGAAGACAUUAUUUUAGAUGCACUAAGACGAGUUCUUAUUACAUACUCCACUUUGCAAGCACAUGAUGGACAUUGGCCUGGUUUCAGUGGGAUUCUUUUCAUCAUGCCUCUCAUGAUAUUUGCUUUAUAUGUCACUGGAUCACUCGAUAUGGUCAUAUCACCAGAGCAUAUACGUGAGAUAUGUCGGUACAUUUACAACAUCCAGAAUGAAGAUGGUGGGUGGAGCACACAUAUUUUGGGUCCAAGCUCCAUGUUUGGCUCUUGUGUAAACUAUGUCACAGUAAGGAUCCUUGUUGAGGAGCUUGAUGGCAAUGAGGCAUUAUACAAAGGACGUGCAUGGAUUUUAUCUCAUGGUAGUGCAACUGCGUCACCACAAUGGGCAAAGAUAUGGCUCUCGGUAAUUGGAGUGUAUGAUUGGUCUGGGAAUAAUCCGGUUAUUCCAGAACUAUGGUCGGUUCCACACCUUCUUCCAAUUCAUCCAGGAAAAUUUUGGUGCUUCUGUUGGAUGGUUUAUAUGCCAAUGGCUUAUAUUUAUGGGAAAAAAUUUGUUGGCCCCAUUACUCCAACGAUACUAGCACUAAGAGAUGAGCUCUAUAAUAAUCCAUAUAGUGAGAUCAAUUGGAACAUGGCUCGUAGUUCAUGUGCCAAGGAAGACCUUGUCUACCCGCCUUCACAGAUGCAAAAUAUUGUGUUGGGUUGUUUACACAAAUUUGUGGAACCAAUGUUAAGUUGGUGGCCAUUUAACAAGCUACGAAAAAGUGCUUUGAGUAGCCUCAUGGAUCAUAUCCAUUAUGAAGAUGAAAAUAACAACUAUGUCAGUUUAUGUCCUAUUAACAAGGUAUUAAAUAUGAUUUGUUGUUGGAUAGAGGAUCCCAAUUCCUAUGCAUUCAAACGACAUCUUCCAAGAAUUCAUGAUUUCUUAUGGAUUUCAGAAGAUGGAAUGAAGGCAAAGGUGUAUGUUGGCUGCCAGAGCUGGGAGACAGCACUUAUAGCUCAAGCCUUUUGCUCAACCGACCUUGCCAAAGAAUUUGCUCCAGUUCUUCGAAAAGCCCAUGGGUUUCUAAAAGCAGCACAGGUUACUCAGAACUUUCCUACUUACAACAGUUAUUACCGUGAAAGAUCAAAAGAAGCGAUUAAGACAUUACUAUUACUAUCAAAAUAUUCUCCAAGCCUUGUUGGAGACCCCAUUGAAGAACAAAGAUUGUACGACGCUGUUGUUUGCCUCCUUUCUUAUGUGAACAAAGAUGGAAUGCUUUCUUCGGCAGAAUGUAAAAGAACGACUCCAUGGGUAGAGAUUCUGAAUCCUUCAGAGAGUUUCCGCAACAUCAUCGUUGACUACCCCUAUGUUGAAUGCACAUCAUCCUUAGUUCAAGCUCUAAUAUUGUUCAGAAACUCGUACCCUGAAUACCGUUGUGAAGAGAUAGAAGAAUGCAUCAAGAAAGGGACAUUAUUCAUCGAGAAACAACAACGAACCGAUGGCUCAUGGUAUGGUACUUGGGGUGUGUGCUUCACUUAUGCAACCUUCUUUGCCACAAAAGGAUUAGUUGCUGCUGGGAGAACAUACGAGAAUAGUGUUACCAUUAGGAAGGCAUGCAGCUUCUUGCUGGCAAAGCAGCUCAGUUCAGGUGGAUGGGGGGAGAACUAUCUUGGUUGCGAGACUGAGUGGGAGUCCUCAUGCUGUGAACAGUGCUUGGGCAAUGUUAGCUUUACUUUAUGCUGGACAGGUUUGGUUUCUUCAGUUGUCCCUUUAAGUAUGACCAAAUUUUAUUAUAAUCUUAAAGUCCCGUGGUAUGUGUUAAAAUACUUGAUAUUCAUUUAUACUUGAUCACAAUGCCUAGGUUGAAAGAGAUCCCACACCAAUGUAUCGUGCUGCGAAAGAAUUGAUAAACUUGCAAACCGAGACAGGAGAAUUUCCCUAGCAAGAAACUGUUGGAAACUUCAAUUCGUCUCUUUAUUUCAACUAUAGCAACUACCGCAACUUGUUUCCAAUUUGGGCUUUUGGAGAGUUUCAUUGCCGACUUGUUGGCAACAAGAACUGAAGCUGACAUGCAUACCUUCAUUGUUGUAAUAAUGAUAUGUAUCAUAUUGUGGGGAGUAUCAGAAUAAAGAUAUUGAUGUCGUGGAGAGGGAUGUGAACGGCUUUAUUGUUGUAAUAAUUAUAUCUACUAGUGUUAAAAAAUGAUACCUACUAUAUUGUGGAGGGGAGGAUUUAGGGCAUGCAAGUGCGGGGCACGUACUUUGUUGGCCUUUGAUCUGCGCCAAGAUUCGCACAUAUGUUUGUGUAUAUGGUAUUUUGUGUUGUAUAAGACUUCGUAUAUGUUUGUAA